AUGAAUAAUUCAGGGAGAGAAUUACUGGUGGGGGAAGAAGUGGAGAACGAGCAAAGCCAAAUAACAAAAUUAAUAAACUGUGGAAUGAGUGCAUUUAAUGAGUUAGUUAUUAAGCCAUGUAGAGAAAACAUUUUCUUACUGGUUUGUAUGACGAGCCUCUUAAUUUCGUCAGUAUUUAACUCUGUAUUCUUUAAGAAAAUGACAUCAGCAAUGCCAAAUCAUGUCUGGUUUUUAACGCAACUAACUUCUGCUUUAUAUAUUCCAUUAUUUGGAUUUGUAAUACUGGUAUCCUACUUUCGAGGUGAGCUUUCAAGAGAGAAUUUGGAAUUUCCAAUGUCAAAAUUUUGGAUGAUGGGAUUUUUUGAUGCAUUUAGCAGUAUCUUAACUUUACUUGCAAGUACUCACACAUCAGGAGUAAUGCAGGUAGUUCUUGGGCAAAUGUGUACCCCAAUAACUUUGAUAAUGCUUUCGUCGAUAUGUAAGGAUCGAUUUCAUAAGUUACAAUAUAUUGGAGCUACUACUAUGGUGAUGGGUAUAUUUAUAGUAAAAUCAACAUUACUAUUUGGAAUAAGAGAAGGAAAUACAACAGAAAACUCAAAUAAGCUGGUAUUUAACAUUUUAUUUGUAAUUGCAUGUAUACCAGCUUCAGCAAGUUCAGUUUAUAAAGAUCUUUCUUUUAGAAAAUAUUCUUCUUUAAAUGAGAAUUAUCUACAGUUUUGUGUUGCAGCCACUCAAGUAAUCAUAGGAUUUUUCUUGGUACCAAUCAACAGUUUAUCUAUACUCGGCCCCUUGAAGAUAGAGAUGAAUCAAAUUCCUUCUCUUUUGUUUAAUGGUGCCAAGUGCCUAUUUUUAAAGAAGAAUUCUAUCACUGAUAGUUGCGGGGAAGAGUUACAAAGACCAUGUGAUGAUUGUAGCUUCGUGCAAUUUCCAGUCUUAAUGUAUUUAAUUGCAAAUGUAAUUUGUAAUGUUUUUAGUGUAUUGGUAUUGAAAUAUGGGACCGCUUCAUCAGGAUUUAUCGUUUCAACUCUAAGAUUACCUGUUACUACUUUAGUAUUCUUUUCCCCAAAAUUGGUGGGGAAAGAUGCAACUGAGCCAAAAUUAGAAGACCUAAUUGGGGUUCUUGUCUUGAUUGUGGGACUAGUACUCUACAGACUUGGGUCUUUGAAAAUUAGUCAGGAAGAAGAAGACAUUCAGGCGGAAGAAAGAUUAGAAGACAAUUACUACGAAUUAAGUUCAAUGACAUAUUCCAAAGAGACACUAAAUAAAAUAAAAAGUAACACUUCAUCAACCACUUGUUCUUUUAAUAUAGAAUAUGACUCAUCUCAUUUUCAUAGUUCAUAA